CGACAUAUACAGACACAUACACUCUCACACCCUCAGGGAAAAAAUUAAAGCUUUUGCCUGUUUCCUUUUUUAUUUUUAUUUUAGCCGCGCUAGCGUGAAAUGUGCACCAUGAGGACCGAGCGUAUUCGGGUCGGGCUGCUUUGAAGCGAGUGUGCUACGGUUAAUCCUCGUCUGGUUUCGCAGUUGACUGAUAUAUCAUGGAUCCUGAGGAGUUAGAGCUGCAGAAUGACUACCGUUACCGUAGCUAUGCGGCAGUCAUUGAGAAAGCGCUGCGAAACUUUGAAUCUUCGAGUGAGUGGGCAGAUCUCAUCUCCUCCCUGGGAAAGCUCAAUAAGGCCCUGCAGAGUAACCUCCGCUACUCACUCCUACCCAAGAGGUUGAUCAUAGGGAAGCGUCUGGCCCAGUGCCUACACCCUGCCCUGCCCAGCGGAGUACAUCUCAAGGCGCUGGAGACCUAUGAGGUCAUCUUCAAAAUCAUUGGAACAAAAUGGCUGGCCAAGGAUCUGUUCAUUUACAGCUCAGGAUUAUUCCCGCUGUUGGGCCAUGCAGCCAUGGCAGUCAAGCCUGUGCUGCUGACACUGUAUGAGCGUUACUAUCUCCCGCUGCAGAGGGCUUUGCUGCCCAGUCUUCAGGCCUUCAUAACAGGACUCCUACCAGGCAUGGAAGAGGGACUUGAGGUCUACGACAGGACUGAUGCGUUACUGCUCAAGUUGUCACUGCUGGUGGGUCAGCAGGUCUUCUAUGGUGCCCUGUGGGGCACUAUGGUGGUUAGCCCCAUGGUGCGGCUGCCCGCCUCGGUCUUUAUAGUCACACAUUUUGACCGCAUGGCGUCCCUGCGCCAGCAGACCCACAUGCUGGGCUACGACCACCGCCUAGUGAUAAAAUCGGUGUGUCUUUCUCUGCAAGAUUCAAAUGUCCUGGUGCAGAGGAACAUGCUUGAAAUCCUGCUAUACUUUUUCCCCUUUGCCACAUGCCUGGACCCAGCGGAGACUUGUAUUGCUUUGAGUGACGAGGACAUGAUCACAGUGGUGUCCGCAGCUUCACUCACACUGCUCCGCAGAGACAUGUCCCUUAACAGACGCCUUUACGCCUGGCUGCUAGGCACAGACAUUAAAGGAGAAAUGGUGGCACCACACCCCACCCUCUCCACCACUACAGAGGAACAUACAUCGUUCUACUUCAACACCCACUCUAGAGAUUUCCUUGUACAGGCUCUGAUUAACAUCCUCAAACAGAAGGAUGUGGAGAAGGACCCAGAGAAUGUGAUUGGAUACCUCAGGCCCUUUCGCAUCAUCAUCAGCCUGCUGGAUAAACCAGAGAUUGGUCCAGCUGUCUUGAGCAGUGUGUUGUUGGAGGUGGUCCGAGCCUUCUACAGCUACUGUCGAGAGAUGCUGGGGGAGGAAACCAUCGCCAGCUCAGGGCUCUCAGGCAACCAGCUAGCCAGCAAGAUAAAGGAGAAUAAGAAUGCAUCAGAGAUCAUAAAGACGGUGAAUAUGCUUGUGAGCUCCUUGAACAGUGAAUACCUGUGGGAGUACAUGACACGACGCUUCUGCACUUCUCUCAGUGAGAAAGACGACCCACCAACGCCUCCUCAGCAGGACCGCAGUCAUCCUGCUCCCUCUGUCAAAGAGAUGUCCAGUCUCAUCAUUUUCCUGCUUGAUGUUCUUCCUCUGGAGCUCCAUGCUGACAUCCAGUCCCAGUUCCUCCCUGAGAUGCUGGGCAUCAUGCUGCGGACCUUGCGCAGCCAAAUGGACUCUGUUAGCCUGGAGGAUGUCACACAUGCCCUGCGUGCCUGCUUCAGGGUCCUGAGUAAGAUCCAAAUGCCUGUGGCUUAUAUGGACAUUGAAGCAAGGUCUCAUACAGAGGAGCUGGAGUUACAGACACCAGCGGAGGAAGGACAAGAAACGCAGGAUAUCACGAAGGAGGGAGAGAAAGAUGUUGGUGUUGGUCAGGUUAAUGGUCACCAUGGAGAUGAAGAGCUGAACAGAGAUGGGGAAGAUGAGGCAGAGCCGGCAAAUGAUAUUUACCCAACACUCAGGUCUGAAGACAGCGGAUUAGGGAUCAGUGCCUCACCGUCAGAACAACAUCUCCCACCAGGGAUGGGGAUAGGGGCCGAGGGAAAUGGAUUUUGCAAAGAAGGUGAGGGAGUGUGGAGGAGGGGAGGCAGUGUAGACACAAUGGCCCUGUGUCUGCAGGAUAUACUGUCCUUCAUAACCACAAGAUACCUGCUGGUGCAGGUGGAGGAUGUCAGGGGACCUAAGGAAGGACUCCAGCCUCACCUAACUGCUGUCCCUGUGGAUCAGAAGGCUUUGUGGACGAACAUAGGGGGACGUGAAAUUAAAGACAAACUGACUGGACUGUUCACUCCAAACAAACUUAAACCCCAACCUAUAUCUGACGCCCAGCUCUCAGCAGCCCCUGUGGAGAAGAAAAAGGAACGCUGGCCUCUAGGAUGUCUGGACUGGGCGGCGGGCUACAUGCCGCGGGGCAGGGCAGAGAUAUCUGAGGCCUGUCGACAGGCCUUCACCGCCACCUGCCACCUGCUCCUGGAGUGCUCCACCUUCCCUGUCUACCUAAGUGAAGAGGAGACUGUGGAUCUCCACACAGACAUGUUUGGUAACACAGGCAGUGAAGUGGCCAGUCUGCCAGUAUGGCUGAGGUCUUUGAUGACACUGUGCUGCCUGUCCAGGGAGUACAACAUCCAACACACAGCAGUGGCCUCUCUGUUGGAACUUAUCAACCACUCACAGUCAUUAGCACUGGUUAUCCAGGACAAGCACAGACGCUACCAGACCUCUGACUCUAACCCUCUGAGUGGACGACUGCAGAUGGUCACUGUGCCACCCAUCUACCCCGCUCUGCUACGGGCCAUAGAGGAGGGCACAGAUUUAUAUCAGAGGGUGUCCCAGGUACUGUGGAGCCAGCUGGACAUGGAGCGGAGAGAGCAGCACAUUUCCUGUGUGGAACUCUUUUACAGGCUCCACUGUUUGGCUCCAUCAGCGUCAAUCUGUGAAGACAUCAUCUGCCAGGCGCUAUUGUACAAAGAAAAGGCUGUUAGGCUGGAAGCACUGCACCGCUUUACAGUGCUAUGGCACCUGACCCGGGAAAUCCAGACCAACAGGACCAUGUCUCUCAAUCGCUCCUUUGACCGGUCUCUGUGUGUUGUGGUGGACAGUCUGAGCUGCACUGAUGGCUCUAUACGUGCAGCAGCUCAGUGCUGGCUGGUCAGGGCUCUGUCCCUCAAUGAUGUGAUUCGAAUAUUGGAACCUAUUCUGUUGUUGCUGCUUCACCCCUCCACUCAGCGCUGCUCCAUUCAAGGCAUCAAACAAAAUCUCACUGCUGGUAAGGGUAACCUGAAGGUUUUAAGCAACAGAUGUCGAAGCUCCACCAAAAUGUCUGGGACACCUGCGGAUGCCAUGGUGACAGAGGUCACCACCUUAAAUCUCACCAAUAUUGUGGACCGGGAUUCCCUGUGGGCAGAGUUAGAGAGUGAUCCAGAGUUGGCCAAACCACAGGACCCUUUAGUGCUAUCAAGGAGUGAAAGUGAAGAGACAGAAGAGGAGGAGGAUAGAGCGGAGGAGGAGGAGGAGGCUGAGAGUGAGCACACGGAAUCAGCUGACACCAGCGGUGCCCAGGUAUCCACGGAGAACUCCAGCUCUGGCUCCGCUCCGUAUCGCAGCUAUGAGGAAGGAGGAAUGGUCAAUGGCCUGCGGAGGGCAGAGUCUGAGCAUACACAGGCAUCUGAUUCACUAUCAAGUGAGGAUGAGGAGGAUUUAGAGCUGGAGGCCAUGGCCAGGUCUCGCCUGUUAAAACAGGAGCGUGAGAAGAGAGAGGCCAUUGAUUCUCUGUUCCGUCAUGUGCUGCUGUAUCCUGUGGCGGGUGGCUGGCGCCAUCUGCUUCAAGGCCUGGAACUGCUAGACAGCCUGCUGCGGAGCAGUGCUGAGUGCCCUCUGGUGGAUGCUCUUUCCUCCACCUCUCUGGACACAAGCUCAGCUGCACAUUUAAACCUGGUCUCUAACCUUUUACAGCGACACCAACAGGCUCAGGAUGGCAAAGGCUUCUACGGCUGUCUGCUUUCCCCCUCCUCCUCCCCCUCUGUGCCCCCAUCUCUUCUCAUUGAACUCCUGGUGUCCUUGUGCCUGCGAUUCCUGCGCUCUCAUUACCCUUCCUACCUGAACCUUGGUCCUCUUGACCUGCAGGGGAACAGGGAGGUUCAGGUGAAGAGUGUGGAGGUGCUAACCCGGAUAGUGAACCAGCUUGGCUGCAUGGCACGAGGACAAGAGGGCAAUGGGGCCAGUCUGGAGCCCAUUCGCAGACUCCUCUCGGGAUGCAAAGUGCAGCAAUAUGCUCUGCUUACACUUUCUGCAUCCAUGUAUGUCAGCCAGAGGGGAACAGACAAGGGACCAUCCAGAAAUAUGGAGCUGCUGGAUGAACAGGGAGGUCUUUCGGAGGAGAGCCUGGUAAAUCUUGGAUCAGGAGGGGGGCAGGAACAAUACCCCUUACAAAUGGAAUUACUUAAACUCCUUCAGGCUCUCAUAGUCCUGGAGUACCAUGUGGGGCUUGGUGGGGCUGUGACAACAGCUGGAUCAGGUGGAGCACCUGGCCAGUCUGGGGAGCCUCGUGAAUCCCCAACUGCCAGCACCCCCCUUGCUCGCGAGUGGCAAACUGCAGUCCUUUUCCAGCAGUCUAUCAAGGCAGCCCAGUACGUCCAAAGUCACCCCAUCACAGCCCAAGGAAUGUUUGUUUCUGCCGCGGCCAGGGCUCUGCAGCCACAGUACGGCUAUGCCAUGCACCCCCACUGGGUAUCAUUGCUGUGCUCUUCUCUGCCAUACUUGGGACGCUCAUUAGGCAUCAUUGUGGCUCCGCUCAUCAGUCAGAUCUGCAGGAACUUGGAUGAGCUGGUCAAGCUUUACGAGCAUGAUGGAGGAAAGACAAAUCAGAGCCUGAGUGGUAGGAGGGAGAACAUCGCCCCUGACUACCCUCUGACUCUGCUCGAAGGCCUGACCACCAUUACACACUAUUGUCUACUGGACAACAAGAGGUCCCUGGUUGCCUGUGAUCCCGUGGAUGUCCGUAAUGCACGCAACGCUGUGAUCGAGGCUCUACCGCACAUGCUCAGUAGUAUGGCAUUGUUAUGGGGCGUGGUCAUGAGGGAAGAGUUUCAGAGGAAGGCAUCUGACUCUGGCCAGAGCAGCAGACACACUUCUACCUCUGUCUAUUUUAAAAGCAACAAGAUCCUACGGCAGCGAAUACUCGAGUUCCUGGUCCCUCUGACUGGGCAGUAUGGGGUUCAGCUGAUGGCUUCACUGGCAGUAGUAUGGAGCAACAGGAAAAGUAAAAGGAGACAUAAAAACAAAGUUCUACCUGUGGCCAGUGAGGCUCGUCUAACCAUUGUGGAUCUGGUGAAAUCGCUGAACACCUUGCAUACUGAUACCAUCCUGCAGUUAGUCAAAGAGGUGGUGAAAAAACCACAUCAGAUCAAAGGAGAACAGAAGUCAACCUUGGUAGAUGUUCCCAUGUUACAGUUCAGCUAUGCCUUUAUCCAGAGUAUUUCAGCUCAGGCUCUGCAGGAAAACAUUGCUCCUCUACUCAGUCUGUUGCGAGAGUCUGUUCAGCUCAACCUGGCCCCGCCUGGCCACUUCUUACUGCUGGGAAUCCUCAAUGACAUCAUCAAUAGGCUCCCCAAUCUGGACAAUAAGAAGGAUACCCGAGACCUGCAGGAGGUGACUCAGCGGAUCCUCGAGGCAGUGGGUGGGAUCGCAGGGUCAUCUCUGGAGCAGACCAGUUGGCUCAGCCGCAGCCUUGAGGUCAAAGUGCAGCCACAGGUGUGCCCUGAAGCAGUCGAACCUGAUGACGCAGACGUGGAUGGUGAACAUUGUGAGUCAGUGGCUCAAGCUAGCACCAUGGUUUCCUCCUCAGCUCCCUCAGUUUACAGCGUGCAAGCUCUUGUACUCCUGGCUGAGAUCUUGGCACCACUUCUGGACAUGGUAUACCGCAGUGAUGAGAAGGAGAAAGCUGUUCCUCUCAUUUCUCGGCUCAUGUACUAUGUUUUUCCAUACCUGAAGAACCACAGUGCCUACAACAUGCCCAGCUUUGAAGCGGGUGCUCAGCUGCUGAGCAGUCUGAGUGGGUAUGCCUAUACAAAAAGGGCCUGGAGGAAAGAGGUCUUUGAGCUCUUCAUGGACCCCCUUUUCUUCACCAUGGAUGCCUCCUGUGCGCCCAGUUGGAAAUCCAUUAUUGACCAUCUGCUGACUCAUGAGAAGACCAUGUUCAAAGACCUCAUGAGCAUGCAGAGUGGCUCCUUGAAACUGUUUGCUAAUGUAGAUCAGAAACCCAUGCUGCUGAAGCGCCAGGCAUUUGCCAUGUUCAGUGGAGAACUCGACCAGUAUCAUCUCUAUCUGCCCCUCAUUCAAGAGCGUCUCACGGAGGCUUUGCGUAUGAACCCUAGCCCUGCUGUUUCAGCCCAGAUGCUCUUGAUGUUUCGUGUUCUACUGUUGCGGAUUUCAUCCCAGCACCUGACAUCUCUUUGGCCAAUCAUGGUCACAGAAGUGAUUCGCGUAUUUGCACGUCUAGAGAAAGCUCUGCAGGCAGAUAAAAAUGUCUCAAAGCUGGCUAAAGUGGUGCGUGGAGCCCUUGAAAGAAAUGGACCAGUGAAUUUCUCUCAGGCAGAGUUGAACAUGUACUUGUCAGCCUGCAAGUUUCUGGACACUUCCCUGGCUUUUCCUCCAGAAAAGAUACCACUGUUUCAGAUGUAUCGCUGGGCAUUCGUCCCUGAGGUGGAUGUGAACCGCUACAGUGGCCCAGAGACUGCACUGAUAGAGGGCGAGCAGGAAUGCAUACCCCAUGUUGUCAAAGUACUGGAAGGGAUACAGCAACGAUAUGGGACACUGAAUGGACUGAGUGAGGAAUCUUCCACAGAGCAUUUGGAGUUUCCCCUCCUCACCCAGCGCUCCCUGUCCUCCAUCACCCAGCUCUUGCCUUUCCUUCGCACCCUUUGCUGUUCCUUCCAGGGCCCUCCCCCUUACGCCCACCCUAUGCCCCACUGCCCAGUAGCGGACUACCCAGCAGCCAGCCCGGACACAGUCCUGAGGAAGCUGGAGCACAUCAUUGAAGAAGAGUUCCUGGACUUCAUGGAAAGUUAAAAACUCAAGCAUGAGGCUUUCAUGAACAAAUCCUCUUCUUAAACUUUUUGACCUGCAGCCAUGUGAGUGGAAUACCUAAAAUUGGCACAACCAGUAAUGAUAUUGUAUUGUGAACUAGAAAAAAAAGGAAAUGCUUUUUAAUGUUUUAACUUGUCUGAUCUCCACAUACAUACAUGUACGUCUGAGGUGCUCUCACACUGAAUCUUUACUGGAAAAGCCAAGGGACUUGUAGUUAAUUCAGUGGGCUUUUUGGAUAUCUUAAAAAAAUGGUAAUAAUUACAAAUGACUAAAUUAAGCCUCCUUCUCCCCCCAGAAUGCCUAUCAUCUGAGUUGCAAAAUAUUCACAUGCAGAAAUUGUGUCAUAGUGUCUACUCUCUUUGCUUUAUCUCUCUUUGGACUAAAAAUUUUACCAUUAAAUAUAGUUGGUAUGUAAACCAAAUUAUUACAUACUGUUAUUAUAAGACCUGCACCUUUAUAAUAACGAUACUUCCAGUAACAAUGUUUUUGUUUGACGCCAAUAGUAGAUUCACUGUGAAGAACCUUACUAAGUAUUGUUUUUGUUCUUUUGACUUUUUCAUAACUCUGGUUAACAACACUCUCUGGCAUAGGCAUACAUACUGUACGUCUGUCUGACUCUUGAGAAUGUAAAGACUGUAUAUCUGCAGGACCUUGUUGUAGAAGUACUUUCUCUGUGAUUGUUAUUGGAGUCAUUAUGGGACCUUACAGAUUUACGUUGAGUUUUAUGAGUAAGUUACUGAAUGUGAUUCGUGUAGGAAAACCCUUUGAAAUAUUGGGUGUACCUCAAUAAUAUAAUGUACAUGCUUGCCAUUUUUGGUGUUCAAGGGAAAUCGGCCUUUCUUUGUAGUUAUUCAUGGAUAGUUUUUACAACUGCCAAAUGUCUUUUUUUCCACAGUGCUGAAUGUUUAAGUAAUUUAUUUUGGAUGUUUAAAGGACCAUGUCAAGUUUUGAAUUAACAAAAAGAAGAUUCAUUAAAUCAAGU